AUGUCAAAACGAAAAAAUAAUCCUAUAUUAGAUAUGUAUCGGAAAAAACAAGACAACGUUAAUGAUCCACUAGUUAUACCUUCACCGGCUUCACCCACUGAAAUAAUUGAAGAUCAAGAAGAUCAAAGUAUUCGUAAAGUAUUAAAAAAUUAUUCUUAUCAAAAAAAUUGGGAAAAAUCGUUUAACCGGCUAUAUUAUAAUAUUAAAAAGGGUGGGGAUUUUUGUAAGGUAUGUGAAAAAUGUCAUAGUAGUAAUCAUAGUGCUUUACAAAAAUCAAAAGGUAUUUUUAUAUGUACUCCAUUUAUAAAUUAUCGAAAAGCUACUGGUAAAACUUGUAAACUCUUAAAACACGCUAAUUCAGAAAAUCAUGCUAAAGCUUUAGCUUUGAAUGAAUUAUUUUUACAUGGAAAAAAUGAACCUAUACAUACACAAAUGAUCCAACAAAAGAUUCCUCAUACUACUAAAUAUGAACCAUUAUUAAAUAAAGUAGUGCUAAAACAAAAUCAAUCUUUACUUGAGUGGGUGGAAAAACAAAGUGAUAGGUCGAAUUACAUGAGUAAAAAUACAUCUAUUGAAAUAUUAAAUUGUAUUGGCACUGUUCUUGAAACCCGUGACUCAAAUGAAUUAAAAAAUAAAUACUUUUCAUUAAUGGCUGACGAGUCGACAAAUAUUAAAAACGUUUGUGAAAUGACAAUAAUUAUUCGUUUUGUAACAGAUUGUGGUAAAAUUAGAGAAUUAUUUGUAUGCAUUGUAGAAUUAUCUGGCACAAAUGCGGAAACUAUAACAGAAACUAUUGAUCGAGAAUUAAAAAAAAGAGAACUUGAUUAUUCAAAAUUAAUAAGACUUGGUUUUGAUGGUGCUUCUAAUUUUUCUGAUAGUAUAACUGGAGUACGAAAAAGACUAUCUGAAAUAGCACAUAGAGAAAUAGGUACCAUACAUUCAUUGUAG